ACAAGCAAAUAUCAUGAAUAUGGCUUGUCAUUAUAAGGUGAUCUCUACCGCUGUCAUGAGUGUUUAGUAAUGGCGAAGGGCGGGUCUCCCCACCAUUCUUCAAGACCCCACGCUGAGCCGAGACCGCCCAUCCUGCUCUGUCCCCUUCCUGCUCGCUCAGACAACAUGUGUGGUUACGUUGGAGACACAGUGACAUACACGACCUCGUGUUUUCUUCAGUUGAUCCAUUGUUACUCCGGUGAAAAGGACGUUUUGCACUUCUGCUUAAAAAUGAAUAGGAACAUUGAUGAGCUGAUUGCUUCAUCACUGAUGAAAGCGAACAUACAGAGCAUCCGUCCAACCCAGAAGGAAGUGAUUGAAGGGUACUUAAAAGGUAAAGAUGUGUUGUUUUGCUCUCCAAACGGAAGUGGAGAAUCAUUAACAUUUGAGCUUUCUCCCCACUUGUACAAGGCAGUAGAAAGUACAAGCCAUGCUACUGUCAUUGUUGUGUCUCCCUUCGUGGAACUGAGGAAGGAGUAUGUGGAGAAAUGUUCGUCCUUGGGGCUCAAGGCCGUGUGCCUGAAUGACGUCACAGAGAAGGGAGCACUGGCGAAUGAUGGCGGUCUUGUAUCUUCUAUAGAGAAAAUGACUGUCGCAGACAUUAGAGAUGGAGAAGCUGAUGUAAUAUUCACCACCCCGGAAUCUAUCCUUGGACGUCAUCGGAACUUAGUGACUGAAUUGGAUAAACAGAAACAUCUAAAGGCAGUUUUCAUUGAAGAAGCACAAUGUAUAUCCAAAUUUGGAGUGUCCAGUGACAAGAACGGGGCUUCAUUUCGACCUGCGUAUGGGCAGCUUGGAGAGCUGAGGUCACUAACAGCUGUCCCAGUGAUUGCCCUUACAGCCACAGCAUGCGCGAAAACACGUACAUUAAUCAAAGAGAAACUGUGCAUUCAGAAAUGUGAUGAAGUCAUUGUCAGUCCAAAUGCAUGCAAUAUCAAAUAUUGGUUGUGUGAGGCUAAACGCAGCAUAGCUGAAGACUUUGCAUGGCUUGCAGAUCUACUUCUGGAACAGGGCCAGAACACUCCAAGAGUGGCCAUUUUCUUCAGAAAAAUACGUCAGAUGGGAGAUCUUUAUGGAUAUCUGGUUUAUUCACUUCGUGACAAGGCUUGUGUUGAUUUUAAGCCUAAGGGCCCUAAUGAUGACCGAAAUAGACUAUUUGACAUGCUGCACUCUAAAACAGACGAUGAAGUCAAAGAAAGUAUUUGUUCUUCAUUCAAGGAUGACCAGGGUUUUAAACGUGUUGUAUUGGUGUCGUCGUCCUUCAGUACGUGUCUCGAUGUACAAGGUGUAGGUCACGUCAUUCACUAUGGGCCAGCGUAUGACGUGGAGGAUUACAUACAAGAAACCGGAAGAGCUGGAAGAAAUCAGAAGACACAAGUACACGCCAUAUUGAUGACAUAUAGGAAAUGUCUGUCCCAGAGCAAUGCAGUCCAGUCUUGCAUGAAGCAGUAUUGCACCGGAAGUUCAUGUCGCCGUGUGGAACUUCUGCAACAUUUUGAAAGUUCGCCAUCAAAAGUGAGUCCCCCUCAUGACUGUUGUGAUGUGUGUGCCCUUGAAUGCAAAUGUCAGUGUCACUGUGAGGAAAUAUGUACAUGUGGCCAAACGUGUGACCAAAACUCAUCAUUGGUCAUGGACAAGAUACGCUCCUCGCAAUAUUGCCCAAGUGAUUCUCCAAGUGACCCUUCAUCUGAUGAAGACAGAUCUAGUGACAGUGAGGUUGAUGAGAAUACCAGGAGAAAACCUAUUGUCUUGAUGUACAGUUCGGAGAGUGAAUGAAUUCACCUGUAGAACAGUUUACGGCUGAACUUUUUCAAACUGUCUGAUAUUAACUGAGAAUUAAAUUCAUUGCAACAACAAAGGCAAGUUCGCUGAUAAGGGUUGAUGAGACAGGAAAGUGGAAACUGAACUGCUUUUGCAUAUUUGUAUAUAUAUAUAUAUAUAUUUUAUUUUUUUAUAAUUAUUAUUUUUUUAUUUUCUUUA